CUCUAUUUUUUUUUUCCUUGAAAUUUUGGAUAGGGAGAGAGAAAGAGAGUUGGUCUUAGACAAAGAAAAAGAAGACCAAAGUUGAGGUUGUGAUUUUGGUUCUUUAGUCUUACAUCAAUCCAUCCUAGUUGCAGUUUGGUCUCUCUUCUGAUCUCAUUUCACAAACACACUGCGCCAAAAUAGCAAUUGGGGCUGCAACUUCUACUUCAUACUCAAUUCUGCCUCUUUGUCGAUCCAUUUCCGUAAUUGUGUGAGAAGAUUGAGGGAAAAUGACGGUACCGAAACGUAACUAUACUCGAAUAAAUGCUUUGGAGCUGAAAGCUCUAAUUAUUCGGAAGGUUGGUCGUCAGAGAGCUGGCAAGUACUUUGAUCAGCUUGGAAAAUUGGUUAGUUCAAAGAUCAGCAAGACUGAGUUUAACAAGAUUUGCAUCUUGACAAUUGGGAAGGAAAAUAUCCCUCUUCACAAUCAACUAAUCAAAGCAAUUCUCAACAAUGUUUGUCUGGCUAAAGUCCCACCUCUUAGAGGUGCUGCAAAAAUAGGGAGUUUGAAUGCUAAAGAUCCAAAUCAGCAGCAGACCAAAUCAAUGCAAAUGCGGUAUGGGGACGCGUUUCCUCCUUCCCUACGGAAGGGUGGUUCUUUUGCUACCCAUGAAGGGAGGCUUGCUGGUCGUCAAAAUGUGUUGGGACAAUUAGGGAAGCCCCGAAACCCUGCAUCCAAGGAUUUUAUCUAUAAGACUCCAGAGCAGCAGAGUGCAACAGAACUGAAUUCACUUGGCAGCAGACCUCCUAUUUCCGUUGAAGAUGGAGAAGAGGUCGAACAGAUUGCUGGAAGCCCAAGCAUUCAAAGUAGGAGCCCAGUUACAGCUCCCCUUGGGAUAUCCAUGAAUUUCGGUUAUGGACGUAGCCCUCUUUCUAAUGCAUCAUCAUGCAGAAAGUAUCCUCCAGAGACCUGUUACAACAAUGGAUAUCUCCCCGACACAUCAUCACUGAGGAGUCGUUUGGAGCAAAAGUUGGAGAAGGAGGGUUUAACUGCGACAGUUGAUUGUGUCAAUCUAUUGAAUAAUGCACUGGAUUCUUAUAUGAAGAGGUUGAUUGAAUCCUCUACGGGUUUAUCUGGGCCGAGAAUCGGAAAUGAGCACCGAAGACAACAAAAUGGACAGUCUCUAGCUGGUUCAAAUAUACUGCAACCCAGAAGAUAUAUUCAAACAGCAACGCAAUCUUCCAGGGCAUCUCUCCUGGAUUUUCGUGUUGCAAUGGAAUUGAAUCCACAGUCUCUUGGACCAGAUUGGCCGACACAGCUUGAGAAGAUUUGUAUACGUGCUUCUGAAGAAUGAAGACUUUGUAAUCAGUAGAUCAGAAAUUUAUUAGCAGAUGAAAUGGAAAGGUAGGUAGGAGUUGGUAGGCAACCUGGAGUUCUGGAAUGCUUUGAAUAUUGAACCGUGUUUACUUCAAUUGACAUGGAAUUUUUGUCUAUUACAGUAUAAGCUAUAGCAUUUGUUAGAUAGAGAUUGAUAAUUGUUAGUGAGUGACUCAUGUCAAUACAAGAAAUUGGAACAUCUGAGUAGGAUUAAGAAGUUCAUUGUAUCAUGAAUGUAAUACCAUUCUUCAAUAAUAUAUCCAGUUCUGAUUGUUCAA